CCCACUUCCAAAGCAAAGCAUAAAAAGCAAGAGAGAACAACGAAAGAUCAUCGAUUCCCCCCCGCCCAGAAAAGCAAGACGGCAUAGAAGAUUCACUCCUACGCUUCCCCUUCUCUCUCUCUCAUCAACAAUGGCAACGGCGAUCGCGAAAUCAACCACUGCGAAAGACGAAAACCCUAGAAAAACCCCCGACCAGCCACUGCCGCCCCCGCCCUCAGAUCCUCUACCCGCAGACAAGGACGGCGGUGAUGAAUCGAAGCCCUCGGCCGUGAAGGAGUCCGACGAAGCGAAGAAGGACGAUGACGUUUCCUCCGUCCAGAAGAAGAUCCGACGAGCCGAGCGGUUCGGGAUGCCGGUUCAGCUGUCCGAGGAAGAGAAGCGUAACUCUCGAGCUGAAAGGUUUGGAACCACUUCUGCCGUGCAUGGAUCGGAUACAUUGAAGCAAUCAGAGGAGCACAAGAGAAAGGCUAGAGCAGAGAGGUUUGGGCUUGCACAGUCUGUGACUGCUGAUGAGGAGGCAAAGAAGAAAGCUAGGCUUUCCAGGUUUGGUGCAGUCCCAGCAGUCCCCAAGGCAAAUGCACAGGAAGAAGACAAAAAGAAAGCUAGGGCACUAAGGUUUUCACAACCGCCAAAUGGCUCUCUAUCAGAAUUGAAUGGCAAGGGAAACAAUAUUGAAGUUAAGACUGCUACUGCGGGCAAGGCUGGUGGGGGAACCUAAAUAGUGUGCCUUCUUUCUUUUAUAGUUUAGGGUUUUUUACAUUGUGUGGCUCCCCUGGCGAUUUGUAGUCAAGUCUACUUUCUGACCUAUGAAUUCCUGGAUGCAGCUCUGUUCCAUUCUUGGAUAACUUCUUGUGACCUGUGGCUGGAGAGCAUAACGUAGUUGGUGUUUCUCUGGGGUAUAUCUAUUUUCCUGGUGAGGCCUGGGAGAAUCCUCAUGUUCUCCUUGGUGUGAAUCCAUCUGAAAUGGUGGACAAAAAAUGAAGUACUGAAAUUAUGGCCUGGGAAAACAUCACUGAUUGCUAACUUGGUUAUAUCUAUAAUUUCACGGUCAUCGUCUCUUUGUCCAACUCACAUUGACCAACCUUGCAUAUCCAUGUGUUGUCUUGUGUCACGUAACAAACCAUGUUGGAAUUAACUGUUUCAAGUGUAACAUAGCCUGACCUAACUUUUUUAAUUCAAAAUUGCACCAUUGUCCAUGUAGCAAUGCAUUAGUUUAGAAGAUAGUACUUUUAAAUCAUCUUACACUUCUGCUGUGGCGUAUUUUGGUUUGAGAUCUUGGGUUGCUGCUUGUUUUGUGGUCUCUUCUGCCUAAAUUUGUUGGAAAAGUCCGAUUAAAAACAACUUGUGGAAUAGUCGGCAUUUUAUUUUAAAUCCUAUAUUAAUAGCGUUUUGGAAGAGUCCCAAUUCUGCCUCUUUUUUUUUUGAUACACUGACGUAGUUCUAGUUAGAUGGUAGACUUAGGAUAAGAACUAUGUAAUGCAUCAUUUUCGGUAAUAUUCCUGUGGUAUGCUUUCCCUUUAGCAAAGGACUCUUGUGUCCCAUUCGUAGUGGUGAGAUACCAUUUUCUUUUCGGUGAUGAUAGUAGAUUUGCCUAGUUUGUUUUUUUUCCUAGAUGUUAUUUUUGAGUCACUUUCUCUGCAUUAUCGUGCUUACUUCAAAACAUGCAUAGCCUCUUUUGCUGACUGCUGUCUUUCAACUUGGUCACUUGUCCACGACAUAAUGAUGAGACAUGAGUUGAAUGAAGUUUGAGGGUGAAGUUUUUAAAAAAUAUGUGCACCAGUGGUUAUUGUGAUGGGUUUUUAGGAUGACAUCGGUUUACAGAAACAAGAUAUUCCCCAGGCUAUAAUUUCCAGAAUUUUGGUUACUCUUGGUUAGUCCUCGGAACAUUGACACUCGGGAGAUGUUUGUUGAUUACCCUUCGGCCUCACCAGCUGAAUUUCCCCUGCUACAGUCUAUUGGUGUGUAGAGAAGAAUGGAGGAUGUUGUUCGGUAAUAGAUAUGUUGUUUUCGUUUUGAAACUUCUAUGGAAAGGGGGCGUUGUUUCCAAAUUUGUAUGACCAGAUAAGUAGAUGUCAGGGGCAGUCAUUUUGUUGUUUCUGUUUUACUAUGAAAUAUUAUUUGUUUUACUUGGAAAAUCAAUAUUGGUAUC